AUUAUCGAGAAAUACUAUAUCUGUCAAUAGAAUCACUAGAUCGUUGUCGACAGUGAAUUCUAAUGAAAUUGAACACUUUUCUACCUUCAAGAAUGACUGGUGGGACGAGAACGGUCUAAUUUACGACCUUCAUUUAUACGCACCGAUUAGAAUACAGUUUGUGAGGGAUGGAUUGGCAAACGCUGGAAUUCAGAUGCAGGACCCAGCCCUUCCGCUGAAAGGGAUCAAGAUUGUUGACGUUGGCUGCGGUGGUGGUAUAUUGGCUGAGCGUUUAGCUAGAAUAGGAGCGCAAGUAACUGGAAUAGAUGCAUCGGCGGAAUUAAUAAAUGUUGCUAAAGAGCAUGCAAAAUUGGAUCCUAGUAUAUCAGAGAGAGUGAAUUACAUUCAGACAACCGUGGAAGACUUUUCCCAAAAAGAGGGAGAAUCGUACGAUGCUGUUGUAGCUUCUGAAGUUCUGGAGCAUGUAGAAGAACCGCAACUAUUUUUAAAGGAAUGCGUGAAAAUAAUGAAACCUGGCGGAUCAAUAUUUAUAACAACGCAAAAUCAAACUCUACCAACUUGGUUGGUUCUUAUUGUAGCAGGUGAAUAUAUUUUCAGAAGAUUACCUCGUGGUACUCAUGAAUGGAGUAAAUUUAUCGCUCCGCACGAAGUUCAACGUAUAUUAGACAAUUAUGGAUGCAAGACGAGAUUAAUGCAUGGGAUGAAACUUAACCCAUUGACGAAACAGUGGUCUUGGUCGUCGUGUACGGCAAUUUUUUAUGGACUUCAUGCAAUCAAGCAAACAAAAACUGGUGUGUAGUUUUUAGAAAGUGAUUCUUCUUGUUACUAAAUACAGAGUGAUAUAUUUUUAUUAUUUACCGGUUAGGAAAUAAUUGUAAUUGAAUAGUGUACAUGUGUUAAGGAUUCCUACUAUAUGCUUAUACAUAUACUUGUAUGCAACCUGAUAGAAAAUUGGGUAUAAGGAAUGAUAUUCUAUGAGAUAAUAUGUUUAAAUAAAAAUGAAAGUUCAAAACCAG